AUGCAUUUUAAUAAAUCUAAAAUAAAAUUAAUUUUAACUAAUAGUAAUAAUUAUAAAAAUAUAGAGGAAGCUUUUCAAUUUUUUUGUAAAGAAAUUAAUAGUAAAAGUGAUGAUGUAAUAUCAGAAGAGUUACAAGGAGAAGUUCUUUAUAUUGGGAUUAUUAUUAAAAAAAAUGUGAAAUCUUUAAAUAAAAGAAAUAUAAGGAAUUGGUUAGAAAAAAGUAUAAAUUAUAACAUCAAUGUUGAUAUAUUACUACUAAAUGAAAAUAAUGUAGAAAUAUCAACAAUGUCAAAUAAAUUUCAUUUAUUACAAGAAAAUUACUUUGAAAAUGAUUUUAAAAGAACUUACAAAAAAUUGUUAGCAAAGAGAAAACGUAGCAUUUAUAAUAUGCAAGAGGAUUUCUUAAAAAUAAAAACAAAUAAUGAUGAAACAUUAGGUGACCAUGUAGAAGACAAAAAAUAUAACAAUGGAUUGUAUAAUCUAGAAGAAAUUCAGAAAGAUAAAAAUUUAUUGGAUGAUGAAUUAAAUGAUAACAUUUUAAUUGAUCUAGAUAACAAUAAAAACUUAAAAAAAGAAAUAGAAAAAAUGUUUUUUUUAAAUAACUCUUCAUAUUAUAUUGAAGGACUAAUUUACUUAAUUGAAUUACCACUGACUAUAUCACAAAAAUAUAUAAAUAAAAAAUUGAACUUAAGAAUACAGUUAUUUGAAAAUAUAAAAAGAGAGAAAAGUAAAAGUUUUACAUUUUUAAAUGAAAAAUAUGCAAAUGAUCUAAAAAAUAUAUUCGAUUCUCCACCAUUACUAUUAAAUAAUGUACAAUGGUCUUCUACUUUCACCUCUAAUGUUUUAUAUAAAAAAAAAAAAAAAAAAAAUAGUGAUACAGACGAUGACGAUGAUGAAGAAAAUAAUUUCUUUUUAAAUAUCUAUGACGAAAAAAAUUAUAAAGACAGUGAGAACAACUUUCCAUUAAAUGUAAAUUUGCACAAUAUAUGUAAAUCAUUAAAUGAGUACGAUGAAUUCAUGCAUAAAAGCAAUUCAAAAUGUAAUAAUAAAAGUUUAACUUUAAAUAAAACCAUUAUAGUUGUAAAACCAUUAAAUAUAAGAUAUAAAAUAAUUGAUCAUUAUCUUUAUUUAGAAAUUGAAAAUAUUACUAAAAACAAUAAAAUUGAAAUAUAUGAAUUAUUUUCUAGAUCGAUAAAUAUCGAUAGUAAUAUUUUUCCAUUUUCUUUAUAUCCAGAAGAUAUGUACUCUUUUUUUUUUCCAUUGACAAAUUUUGUUCAACUUUUAUCAAUGAAUAAUUUAAAAAAAAAAAAUUCCAUAGAAAAAAAAAAUAGUGAAGAAAAGAUUAAUAAUACAAAGAAUUCUAAAAUUAUAGAAAAAUAUAAAAAUAAUAAUGAAAUUUUAACAUUUUGUUUUAAUAGUGAUAAAACAAUUAUAUCAUUAUGUUUAAAAUGGUGUAUUGAUAAUAGCUCUAAUAACUUUAUAUGGUCUCAAUAUUGUAUAGAGGUAGAAAUGCCAACUCAAAAUUUAUUUAAUUUGCAGAUUUCCUUUGUUAAAGAGAUAAAUUAUUCUUCAAUUUUAAUUGCUAUUUUCUCUUUUUAUAAUAAUCAUCAUGAAGAUAUUGAUUUAGUAAUUCAAAUCGAAGAUGACAACAACUUAAUUAAUAACAAAAUUCAAUCAUCUCUUAUUUCUUUCAAUUCAUUAAUUGAAGUAGGAGUAAUUAAACCUUAUCAAUACAAAUCAGUCAAUGUUAAAUUGCUAGCUAUAAUGUUAGGGUUACAUAAUAUUCCUUAUGUUAAAAUUAAAAAUAAGUUGACUAAUAAAGUUUAUUUAGUAGAUUUAGGAUCUAUUCUUGUAACAGAAUAA